AAGGUUGUCUAUCCGCCAUUUCAAUUUUGUCUCGCACGUAGUACGUGCGUUAGUUGUUUUGUCCUUAAAUUUCUUCGAAGUCCCUACACACUUCAAGAUGGGUAGGGAGGACAAAGCUACCUGGAAGUCCAACUAUUUCGUAAAGAUUGUCCAACUCUUAGACGAGUACCCAAAAUGUUUCAUAGUGGGUGCCGACAAUGUGGGCUCAAAGCAGAUGCAGCAAAUCCGUAUGUCCCUGCGUGGACAUAGCAUCGUGCUGAUGGGCAAGAACACCAUGAUGCGCAAGGCCAUCCGUGGACACCUGGAGAACAACCCGGCGCUGGAGAAGCUGCUGCCGCACAUCAAGGGCAACGUGGGCUUCGUGUUCACUCGCGGGGACCUCGUCGAGGUGCGUGAGAAGCUUUUGGAGAACAAAGUGCGUGCCCUGGCUCGUCCUGGUGCCAUUGCUCCGCUUUCCGUUAUUGUCCCGGCGCACAACACUGGUCUUGGGCCUGAAAAGACAUCUUUCUUCCAGGCCCUUUCCAUUCCUACCAAGAUUUCGAAGGGUACUAUUGAAAUCAUCAAUGAUGUGCAUAUUCUGAAGCCUGGUGACAAGGUGGGCGCGUCUGAAGCCACGCUGCUCAACAUGCUGAACAUCUCUCCAUUCUCAUAUGGUCUUGUAGUGAAGCAGGUGUAUGAUUCGGGUACCAUUUUCACACCAGCCAUUCUUGACAUCAAGCCAGAGGACCUCCGUGCCAGAUUCCUGGAGGGUGUUGCUAAUGUAGCUUCUCUGUCUCUGUCUAUUGGCUACCCAACUAUCGCCUCAGUGCCACACUCCAUUGCCAACGGAUUCAAGAACCUGCUGGCUAUUGCUGCUGUCACUGAAGUUGACUUCAAAGAGGCCACAACUAUCAAGGAAUUCAUCAAGGAUCCCUCCAAGUUCGUAGCAGCAGCAGCUGCCGUCGCCCCGGCCGCCGCGUCCGCGGGCGCCGCGCCCAAGGCCGAGGAGAAGAAGGUCGAAGAGGAGGAGCCCGAGAGCGACGACGACAUGGGCUUCGGCCUCUUCGACUAGUCCUUUUAGGGCUCUUGUGCUCUUUUGCACACUUGUAGGAAGUCAACGCCGCCGGGUUAGGCACCCAAAUGGCGGCUGACACAUCUCUCAUUUGUGUAAAUAAAGCCACUAUGGAAAA